GUGUCGGGUUUCCGGGCUUCGGGAAUUGUCGAUGUUCAUAUAGCGACCCGCCAUUCCGUUCUCAUAUUUGCAUACGACCAUAACCUAUAUCACUUGUCUUCCUGUACUGAGCAGCCUUCGUAUGGAUGAAGACGACCUUUAUACUAAAAUUUAUAGGUCCACUGAUGCCGCGUCCUCUAUUGGGGAAAUGGGAGCGCUCAGUCCAUAUAAAGAUGGAUCCCCUUUGGAGCGCCUCCUUCCUCCCUCACUGCCUCGCUGUUUCAUGUCGGUGCUCCCUUCCACUCCGACAAGUAUCCACACGAGAUCCGCCUAUGCCAAGGUAUCCCAAACCUUAGCCACGACUCCAAACUUAGCAUCCAAACACGGCGCAUGCUCUCUUCAAGACCGCCUCUUACGGCAUCCUUUACUGCGCCAAUUCAGAUACUUUAUUCUUAAAAGCAUGCAUGCAACUGGUGUUUCUCCCCAUGUGUCAUGUUUUUCCACCUUCUCUUCCUAGCGCCUGUAUGCUCAGCAGCGAUAUACGAAAGACUUACAGACAUCCCGACACAAGACUUUGACUAUAUCAUUGUGGGAGGUGGAACAGCAGGGAACGUCCUCGCCAACCGUCUGACGGAACAAAAAAAUACGUCGGUGCUUGUUCUCGAAGCGGGGCAAUCAACCACCGACGUCCUGUUAUCGCAAGUACCGUGGUUUUGCACGUCGGCUACGCCCCAAACAUCGGUAGACUGGAACUUUACCACCACCCCCCAGUCUGGCUAUAAUGGGCGGUCUAUUGCUUAUGGGAGGGGGUUUGGAUUGGGCGGGAGUAGCGCCGUUAAUUAUAUGACAUACACGCGUGGUUCGGCGCAGGACUACGAUCGAUAUGCGAGUGUCACAGGGGACCAGGGGUGGGGAUGGAAUCUGAUGCGGCCGUACAUUUUAAAGACUGAACGAUUCGUCGCCCCUGCGGACCAUCACAAUACCACUGGCGAGUUCAUUCCUUCAAUUCAUAACUUCCACGGAAUGAAUUCCGUGUCACUCCCCGGGUACUCGCGUCCCAUCGAUGAACGGGUCAUGCAAACUACUGAGGAGCUCCCGGUUGAUUUUCCGUAUAACUCGGAUAUCAAUUCUGGGUAUCAUCUGGGUAUUGGCUGGCAUCAGAAGAGCAUUGGAAACGGGACGAGGAGUACUUCGGAAACGGCGUAUCUUGGUCCCGGGUAUAUCGACAGGGAGAACCUGCAUGUGCUCGUGCAUGCGUACGUGACUCGGAUACUCGUCUUGAACGCCUCAGAUUCGGGCAGUUAUCCGCGCUUUAAUGCUGUCGAGUUCACGCAGGAUGGCGGAGAGACGCUCCAGAUUGUUUCUAACCCCAACCUCAAAGAGAUCAUCCUCUCAGCUGGAUCAAUCGGUACACCUCAUAUCCUGCUCAACUCGGGUGUCGGUGACGCCGACGAGCUCUCUGCGCUGGGCGUCUCCUCUACGGUGCACCUUCCUGACGUUGGAAAGAACCUGACGGAUCACCCCCUAGUGAGCCUUGCUUGGACGGUCAAUGACACGAACACGCUAGAGAACGUGUACUGGAGGAACGAAUCGUUCCAAGCUGAGGCUCUAGAAGAAUGGCAAACGAAUCGAACAGGAUUCGUAGCCAAUACGUUUUCGAACCACCUCGGAUUCUUCCGUGUGGAGGAGGGCGUGUUGGAGACAGAACCAUGUGCGGGUGGGAGGACGGGGAGUAUUGAGUUGAUCUUCACGGGCGGUAUGGCUAGCGGAACCAUCCCGGCGACUGGGGACUAUAUGACAAUGUCGGUUGUUGUGGUUUGUCCUCUUUCUCGCGGAAGCGUCACGAUCAACAGCACCAACCACCUCGCACCUCCGCUUAUCAACCCCAACUUCUUGUCACAUCCCCAGGAUAUGACGGCCAUGCAGUAUGCCGUCCAGAAAGGCUUGAAGUUCGUGACAGCACCUGUAUGGGGAGAUUAUGUCCUCGGGCUGUCGACGAAUAUCACGGACCUGGAAGGGACCAUUCGCAACACAGCUAUUACGACAAACCAUCCAGUUAGUACCGCAAGUAUGUCGCCGCGCAAUGCGUCAUGGGGAGUUGUCGACCCGGAUCUGAAGCUCAAGCUGGCGAUGGGGGUGAGGAUUGUGGAUGCGUCUGUUCUGCCAUUUAUACCUGCAGGGCAUACGCAAGCGGCGGUGUACGCGUUUGCGGAGCGGGCGGCGGAUAUGAUAAAGGCAGGGAAUUCCUCUUAGAUGGUCGUUGCUGUUUCACGGUACUUUCGAGCCAAUUCACGGGAUCGCUGAAGUGGACCUUAGCGGAUGUCGAUGUCGAACCACAUGCGCUAUCUUGUUAAGGAUGGAGUUUCACAGCCACCAGUCACUGUUUUUAUUUUACAUUAUUUUGACCAUUAUUUACUUUACCGAUCGUUACCGUAAAAUUUUGGCUUCAUACCACCACCAUCUCACAUCAUGUACUCUGGAAUAUACCUGCGUCGCAACGGAUAGGGCCGGUUUUUUGAAAAAACACCUGUAAUUACAGGCGACAGUUUUUUAAUAAAAGCCUCUCUCCCCCAGGUCUUACGAAUGAUAAUUUCUUCGGAUGCUUGCGUGACAGAAGUUCUCCCGCAAGGAUCCGGACCUCCCG